AUUUAGCCUUUUAUUUAUCCCUCCGCGGCUCCGUCUCUCUCUCUCCCUGCGUUUCGCUCGUCCUCUCAAAGUAGAAGUGUCCUCCUCUGCUCGAACCCGAGAGAGAGAGAAUGACGGUAUUUCACUUCUUCAACUGCGCAAUUCUUACGUUUGGUCCUCACGCUGUCUACUAUUCCGCAACGCCAUUAUCAGAGUAUGAUACUUUUGGUACUUCUGUUAAGGCGGCCAUUGUAUAUCUUGGAACAGCUUUAGUGAAGCUUGUGUGUCUGGCAACAUUUCUCAAAGUACCCGAGAAUGACAGUUUUGAUCCAUAUCAGGAAUUAUUGAAAGCUUUAAUUGGAUUCAUUGAUGUUGCGGGGCUUUACUUUGCCUUGACACAGCUUACUCAUAGAAACAUAUCUCAAAAUCAUAAAUUUCAAGCUGUUGGACUUGGAUGGGCUUUUGCUGAUUCAGUGCUACACAGACUAGCACCUCUCUGGGUGGGAGCAAGAGGAUUAGAGUUUACAUGGGAAUACAUUUUACAAGGCCUUGAAGCAAAUGCAAAUCUAGUCUUAACUGUAUCUCUUGCUGCACUGGGAUCUUUGAUGUGGCUUCGGAAGAAUAAACCCAGGACCUUAGUUCCUAUAAUUUAUGCAUGUGCUGGAAUUCUUGCCACCAUGCCAUCCAUCACAAGCUAUCUUAGGCGAGGAUUGGGAUGGCACUUUCCUAAGGUGGUGGGCUUUGAACUGUUUGCCUCACUGGCGAUGGCGUUCAUUAGUUGGCAGCUUUUCUCUGCUUGUCAGAAACCAUCUGCCUAAGAGACUCAAGAUUAUUCCAGAAGAUUUUCAGUUUCAUCAAAGGAAGAAUUCGUAGGAGCCUGCGAAGUGGGACCCACUGUCCCGUUUGAUAUCCUGCUGACCAGUGCUACUGACUGUUUGUUGUUGGUGUUUUUCUACAUCAUUGAUAUGGUCUGUAAAAUUCAUAAAUACUCCAACUGAAUCUUAUUGGGAUGAGGUGAAUGGUUGAUGAUCUUGAUCAUCCAUCUUUUUCCCCGCCUUUGUACACCAAGAAUGUAUUCCAAAAUGGGAUUAUAUGAAGGGUUGGCAAUCUUAAGUCAUUAGAUUUUCAGAA